ACGUUGCACUGCAGCUAGUAGCCAGUGUACACACAUUUUGAAUGAAAGUCGUCAAGUGCCCCACACUGAGACCUCCACCAUCUGGCAAUAUAUGAUAGCCGCCAGCAGUGAAAUUAUUCGUCAGUGUGUGUAUCUAGUGAGACUGUAUCACUCGUGCUAGGCAUUCACUUUGACACCAUUUCCGAGGAGAAGUGACUGAAACUGUGCCGCUUGGCAGUGCCUGUCUCCGUGGCGAUGCAGCGGCUCACGGCGCAGCUCUUCGCCGGGAUGGUUGCAGCGGUGCUGUCCGUGCUGCUGGUGCAGUGUUGGGCGGACGUCGGCGGCCCCAACCUCGCCGAAAGGGUUAUCUGGGCUGUCAAUGCUGGAGGGGAAGCGCACGUUGACGUGCACGGUAUUCACUUCAAAAAGGACCCUUUGGAAGGCAAACUCGGUAAAGCAUCUGAUUAUGGGAUGCGUCUGCCGAUCCUUCGCUCCAGUCCUGAGGAUCAAGUACUCUACCAGACAGAGCGCUACAAUGAAGACACUUUUGGAUAUGACAUCCCUAUACGAGAGGAAGGAGACUAUAUACUCGUAAUGAAGUAUGCAGAAGUUUACUUUGCCCAGUCACAGCAAAAGGUUUUUGACGUUCGACUAAACGGCCACGUGGUGGUGAAAGACCUGGAUAUCUUUGAUCGAGUGGGUCACAGCACAGCACACGAUGAAAUCGUGGCCUUCUCCAUUCGACGUGGCAAGCUGAGUGUACAAGGAGAGGUGUCCACUUUUAAUGGCAAGCUCACGGUGGAGUUCGUAAAGGGCUAUUAUGAUAACCCUAAGGUGUGCGCUCUGUAUGUAAUGAAGGGAACACCAGAAGAUGUGCCAAAACUCCAGCCUCACCCUGGCAUGGAGAAGCACGAGGAAGAGGAGGAAGAAGAGGAAGAUGGAGAGGGAGGGGACGACGUCAGCAAGAAGAAGCUCCCGCCGGAUUCCAAGCCGAGGGUCCAGUCGGGACCCCGAACGCCGAACCCGUACGCUGCCGACAACAGCAGCCUCAUGUUCCCCAUCCUGGUGGCGUUCGGCGUCUUCAUCCCCACGUUGUUCUGCCUCUGUCGGCUGUGAGAGGACUGGACUUACAUGAGACUGACAGGUGAGGGGACGGGGGUCGGCACGGGCGGGGUGAGGGGGGUGUUGAGGAGGUAAGGCGUACACACGGCUUGGAAGAAAUAUGGACCACGGAGGACAAGAAGACAACUAGUGCAGGAGGAGGCGAGAGACUGCGAGCAGAGCGAAUGUUUGCCUUCCACCUUGGGCUCACCGCUUUGAACGACAUUCUUCAUCCGUUUCAUUUCCCAGACGAAGUCUUCAACAGUCAGCUCGGCGAACACUCAGCAAUACUUCAUCAGGGGCCGCUGUGCUAACUUUUCAGUCUUUUGCACGCAAUGUGGCGAAAAAAGAAAAAAAAAAACACUCCUCAACAACUUGCCAGACAUGGGAUUAGGAACACGGUCCAUAAAGAAUAAACCACAAUCUUAACUUUGGGAAUACAGCCGCCAUCUUCUUUAUCUCUUCGUGCGGCCAUCGUACAUUACGUGCCAUUACCUCACCUGGUAUGAAAAGCUGUUUAUGGGAAGCAUUUCUCCUUCAUAUCCACUUUAAGGUCCAUGUACUAGUACGCUCUUUGUCCGCACGAGUAAGACGAUUCAGUGUACUAGUAAAACGACUGAUGAUUUUUCCACUACUGCACUCUCGUAGGACAACUUUGGCGUACGAGUAGGAAACUGCAUGUUACUAGUGCGGCAAAACUAAGGGGGCAUUUGGGUGCUUAUAAGUGUGUGACACAUGCCUACUGGUUGGGCCGAAUAGUUUUACUAGUGCAGCAGCAGUUUACCGGUAAGGUUUAACCGCGUACUAGUACGCCAAAGUUACACCAGUAGUGGAAAAAAAAUAUUACUAGUCCGGACAUUUUCGACUAGUGAGCUCGAGUCAUUCUACUAGUGUUCUGAAUUGUCUCGUACAUGUACAUGGUUAUUAUGUUGGGUAUCAGAGUAAAAGGAAAACGCGUAAAUGUUCAAACGGUUUUUCUUAACCUGGAGACCUUGGGAGUGUCCUCAACAAUAAUCAAAGUAAUAAGCAUGGAUCCAUUUCAAAAUCCAAACAUUACAAAAGCUACAUCUUUGCAUUUCCCUGCUGUUGUCUUUUUUGUAGUUUGCCAGCCUUUUGGUUCACCAAAAGGGUGUCAUUUAAAACUUCGUUUUUCCCAUUUGAAAUUGACAACUCGCUUGAAAAUAGCUACAAUUCUGACAGGGACUUUUUGUUUCUUCACGGUUUGCUCAUGAAGAGCUCACUUUGAUUUAGUACGUCGGUGGCAAAACAAGAGGGAGUCUGUAUUCCCUUGCCUUUAUUUCUUCACUAUGAAUUGCAUUUUGUUGGCUGAUAGCCUUUUGCUAGCAGGAGGAGCCUGUGCCAGUCAUCCCUGAAGUGGCUCCAGUGAGUUUUACAAUAACAUGAAGAAAGCACAACAUCACAGUUGGAUGAAAACAAAUGUUGACUCCACGUCUUUUGAAUUCCCAGCAGCCUUUUAAAAACCUCUUGUCUUAAAUCUCCCCCAAAUGUCUAGUCGACUCUCGUUUUGUCACACCAGUGAGAACUUUUAGGUUUAGUUCAGCUGCGUUUUUGUGGUUCCUGAGCAAACGUUUUUUUUUAUCUCUCCAAUCUUUCAUGCCCAAGGCCUCAUUAUUGGAGUCCUCUUUGUGGUUUCGUCUUGGCCUUUGAAAUUCACGUGCUGUGGAUCCUGCCUUGCUCCUCCUCAUCUUUUGACUAAUAGUAGGACAAGAAGAGAAGUUGUUCAUAUCGUGCCAUUUUCUUUCCUUGCGUUUUGUAACAAAUUUUUAAAGAUGUAACUUAAGCACCUGUCCCCGUCAGAAAGGACGCAAAAAAAACACCGUCAUUUAUUUCAGCACCAAAGUCACCAUGGUCGCUGCUCUCCACAGUCACGUGUGUGCGCGUGUGUGUGUGUGUGUGUGUAUAUGGUACAGGAUCACACAUUUUCAUUCAACGGUUCUCUCCUCACUUUUCUGUCGGAACUGAGGUGUUGGGGAUUUAUUCUUUGGGUUUAUUGUUUUAGUUUUCUCUCUGUGGCCUUUCUGUAGGAGAGGAACAGCGUUUUGUACACAGUGUGAAACAACAGCAGAAAGAUGAACAGACAGACAGACAAAUGAAAUGGCUGUCACGAAAUCAAAUAAAUUAGCUUAUAUCUGAAAAUGUGGCCUCUUCCAUUUUAUGAUGUGUAAUUUAAAUCAGUGUCGGGCUAAUCGGAAGAUAUGUUGUUUUGCAUUUAGAUUUUGCGUUUGAAAUGUUGCCUCAGGAUCUUUUUUUUGUUUUUGUUUGGAAUAGUUAAACAUAUUUUAUUGGUGUGACAUUUUGCACUGCCUUGUGUGUCAUUGUUAUUUCCGUGAAUUAUUGAUUACAUUGUGCUUUACUAUCAUUAGCUUUCUUUGCCCUCAUGUGCUGUGUGAUCAUUCCACACGAGCGAAGGAAGCUUCACGUGUCAGCGGAAGUUAAUUUAUACUUGUUCCACAAGCAAAUAUGCAGAAAGUUGGGAGACUUCUGUGAAACGUACGCCCAUCACCACUUUUAUUACACUUUUAUCGGUCCCAGUAUUGUUCGUUCAGCUCACUCAUAAAAGCGCAGCAGCGGAAUGAAGAUCUGCUCCGCGUCUUAAUUUUCACAUGAGAACCAAAGACUUGUCGUCACUCCAUCCACACUCAUUAUUAAACAUGGCGUCCUUAUCAAGAGUUCGAUAAAUCUGGGAAGUAAAGCCCAGAACAAAUCUAAUCACUCCUCAAAUAAGAUUUUUUUUUUUUUUAACAGCUCUGUAAUUAAGGGGACAUUGUUUUUCUGUAUUUUGUGAUACACUGUACCCCAUUUAGCUGAAUGCCCAGCCCAGCCCCUCCCCUGUCUGUUAUUUUCCAAGCAACUGUACAGUAUAUGUGAGUUGAAUUUAAAUGGAGACAAAUUUACACGGCAAAACCUCAGCCAACCUCUCCACCGUCCGGGCAGCACACAAAAAAAAAAAAAAAAAAGUCUGUCACCAAGCUCAGUGUGAGUGUGUGAGAUGGACCGUGUAUGAUCCUACUGUAUGCCAUGUACACGUGUUGGAUAACUAAAUGCGCCGCUGAGGCCUGAAGGCAGCAGCAUGCGGAUUGAGAAAUGUGCUCAAAAUCCUUCUACUCUUGCUGACGUGUGUCCUAUAUCUGCAGUGACAAAAUGCUGAUAAAUGCUGUCUCUUUUUAAUAAAUGUGCUAUUU